AUGCUAAAAGAAAUCGAUAAAUAUUGUGUUUAUGAGAGCAUGACUAUCCCUGGGAAGCCAACCACUUGGCAUGUAAUGGACUGGGAUCGGAGGCGGGUGAUUUCCCUCGUCACCCCAACCGACUGUCAAGGGGAUCCAGACAUACCUGGGAAAUAUUUUGAAAGGCACAUUGAUUCUCUCCCACUUGAUACUUAUAAGAUUUACGUGUCAGAGACCGGCGACCUUCGAGUUUCUACAGACCCAAAAGACAACGCCUGGAUCUCUAUCAUACGACCUAAGGUGGAGGAUCUCCAGCUUCAGAAGCCUCUUAGCAUUGAAACCGUUAAGCGAACCGAAUUGUGCGAAAUAUCUCGCUUGGGCCGAGGUCUUGACCUCGUUUCGUACGGCACUAGAGAAGAGAGGAGAGUCGUCUUCAAGUAUGUGCUCAUCCUUCAGGGUUCUGAUCGAUUCUGGACAGAGUUGAAUGUUUGGAUCCGGCUUUCCCACCAUCUGAAUAUCGUUCCAAUUGAUAAAAUUGUACUGGACGAGAUACAUGGCCAGAUUGUUGGCUUUACAACUCCCUAUAUACCAGGUGGCUCGCUGGAAGAUAAUCCGUCACGAGGAUUCAAGCUCAAGUGGCUCAAGCAGCUCAUUCAGGCCGUGGAUGAUUUGAACCUCAAACAUGGAAUCGUCCAUGACAAUAUCAUGGCCCGGCAUCUUCUUAUCGAUCCAGAGAUGGACGACUUACUACUAAUUAACUUUAAUUUCGCUCGCCGCAUAGCUGGUCCU